AUGAAGGCGACAAUCAUCCCGCCAGUUGCUGCGCUACUUGCUGUGGGUUGGGCUGGCCCAGUCAUUGGGCCUCGUGCUGCUCAGACGUACACUUUGGGCUCAUACGGCCCUCCAUCGUAUGGUCUUCCUCCAGCUCCAGCAUACGGCUACCCAAGUAGCUUCGCAACUGGAAGCGCCCUCACCACGACUGUCUACCUUUCCACUGCAUCCUCUGUGUCUAUCAGCUUUGUCACUCCAUCUGCGAACUCUAGCUUGGGUUCACCCGUAGGCUUCUCCAACACCUCCUCUGUGCCGUACGCCACGGGCGCCACCACCACGACGUCUCUUCCACUCACUACCAGCACAUACCCGACUUCAGUCCCGCAAUCCUCGGUGUAUACGAACUCAAGCGGCUUAUCGUUGACGACGUACACCACUCCUGUCCCGUCUGGAUCUUCGCUUGGUAGUCCCGUCACGGGUGGGUCGACCGGAACCGCUCCACUGUCCACCAAUUCGACUUCCACCCUCACUUUAACGUCCACUAGCUAUGUGACGGUCCCAGCCAUUUCGACUCCAUCUGUUUCUUUCAGUAGUGCCACAAGGAACGGAACAUACUCCUCGCCAUCGAGUACUAUCUACGGCACCGGCUCGACGCCCGUCUCUCCUGUUACUACAUCCAGGAACACCACAUCGCGCACUUCUAUCUUCCCUACUGGCACCGCACCUGUAGGAUAUUCGUACUCUAUCACACUGAGCACUGGUGUCACUUCAUCCACGGGUAGCAGAGAAGGCUCUCCAGUGACGGCAGGGAACUCUACUAUUCCAGCAGCAACUCCCGUCGGCUCGGAUUACACAUCUGGACUCUCAAACACGUCGACUUCAAUCACGACGACUUAUGCAAACACCACUGAAGGUUCUCCCGUCACCCCCUCGGCCUCGGACACUUUCAGUCCUACCUUCAAUAGCGAAACCAGGCUUCCAGGAACGGGAUCUACCACAUCGACGGUGACUAAUCUCGAGACCUUUCCGACCAUCAUUCCAGAUUCCACGACGUUGACAACCACUACCUACACCCCAUCAUCUGGGUUUGGAACAAUCACUACAGCUCCAUCACUGGUACCGUACGCUAUCAACACUCCGUACGCUUACCCGCCCACGACUGCGUAUGAACAUGGAGGAACGGAACGCUAUCACGCCUAUGAUACUGAGGCGGACUCAUUCUUCAAACGUCUGUUCGGAGGCCGUUGA